UUUGUAGACUACGUGUAAUCGUUUAAUUGGUUGCUCCGCUGGUAUCGGUCGCAAGGAAUUAUUACUCGUCGGUUUAUUUAUUUAUUGGUCGUGUGAAUCAACCGAGGAAGACGUUGGAAAUUUGCCGGUGCUACCCAUGGCGUACGUCGAGAGAGGUGUUGUCAAAUCUAAGAGAUCAAUUUGGCGACUGAGAACUAUCACUGAUUUCUUUUGGGCCAUUGUGAACUUCAUUCGGAUCUUUUUUGCAACAAUGUUUUCGAUGGAGAAGACUGAAGCUUACAGGAAAGGAUCCGGUGCUGGGAAGAAAUGGGAUGGUGGCGGCCCAGGAGGCCCUGGAAGUGGUCCAUAUGGUGGUGGUCCUGGUCCACGCCGGCCACCUCGAGGAAUGGACAAUGUUAGGGGGAUUGAUCACAGUGCACUUCCGGCAUGUGGCUCUUGCUGUGGAGGUUGAUGUAAAUAGUAUCUACCCUAACACUGUCUCUUGGAAGCUGCAUAUAUUUGAUCUUGUGAGUCUAUGUUUUGCUGUCCAAAAUGUAAUACCUCACUUGAAUACAUACAUAUCCCGUGCUUUGGAACUUAAGUAUGGUUGUUAAUUUUUAAUCUUAAAAACUCCUUAUUGUUAAAUAAUGUGCUAUGCAUAUGAAAUGGAAAUCAAGAAUGUUCAUCA